UAAUCAUUAAUAAACGCCUAGGGGGGCGGAAAACAAACCAUAAAGAUGGCAGACAAAGCUGAAAGGGAAGAUUUGGAUGACUUUCUCUCCCGAGUGAACCAAGUAGAAGGACUUGUUCGUGACAUAGCUACAUCAAGGGACCAGGACUCCAUUACCAGUGCACUUCAAAAUGCUGACGAGUAUUUGACAAAAGACGGGAGAGCAAGAGGAGGAAGCACUUCUUCUUCUUCUUCUUCUGACAAGGAUUCUAAUGGAGUGGUUGGAUUUAAUAGGACAGUCAUCAAUCCAGGUGUAACUCCAAAUCCACCUAUAACUAAUAGUUCUGUCUCUAAUGGUACUUCGUCUUCCUCACCUCUUGCAAAUCAAUCUUUUAAUUCGGAACAUGAAGCAUUUUGUCGUGCACUAGAAGAGGAUGCUCAAGAGAGAGCGGAGAGAAGAGAGAAGCGACUCCAGCUUGGCAAAGUGCUCAAGUGUCAAGGGAAUGAAGCGUUUCGAGACGAACAGUACCAAAAGGCUUUGACGUGUUAUAGUGACGCAAUAGAGCAGCUCCCUGGUGACACUACCCUUUACACUAACAGAGCUUUAGUUUAUUUAAAAUUAGAAAGAUACGAUGACGUCAUAAAAGACUGCGAUGCAGCUUUAAAAUUCAAUGAUAAGUGCCUUAAGGCUUAUCUUUAUAAAGGAAAGUCAUUUGUUAACAUUGGAAGAAAUAAUGAGGCGAGGGAUUGCUUUCAGACAGCGUUAUUAAAAGUUCCCGACAAAGAAUCAAUCAUUAAAAGCUAUAUAAAAAACAUUGAAAACUGGGACUGUGACUUAUAGCAGAGA